AUGAUAGAGCGACUACAUCGACAGCUCAAGGCAGCCAUCAAGUGCCACGAGAAGGACCAAUGGACAAAGGUUCUUCCCACCGUGCUGCUCGGCAUCCGGGCUGCGUGGCGAGAGGAUUUGGGAGCGACCACAGCCGACCUUCUCUACGGCGAGUCAAUUCGGUUGCCCGGAGAGUUCUUGGCUUCAAGAGCACUCCCAGAAGGCGACGCGGCCGAAUACGUCAAAGAUUUAAGGCAGCACUUCCGAAGACUCCGCCCGACAAACGGCACCCGCCACGGCGAACGGCGGACCUUUGUGUUCAAAGAUCUCAGUACGGCGGACCAAGUAUUCGUGCGCCACAACGCACCUGGAGGAACCCUGCAGCAACCGUAUGACGGACCCUACAAAGUGGUCAGCCGCAAACCGAAAACAUUCGUGGUUCACAUCCGAGGUAGGGAUGUAACCGUGUCUAUCGAUCGGCUGAAGCCCACCUACAUCAUUUCAGAAGACGAGGAACCAUAG